CUUCGCGCGGUUUUCGUUUGAUCUCAGCUGGAAAAGGACGCACGACACGCUAGCAGUUGCUCGGACUGACAUGCUGACACAGAUGGAUGACCGACUAGCUCUCGAUGGCGACGAUGUGUGGCUGCUGCCAGAACACGAGCUGCAGCUGCAGUCGCUGGACGCCCUGGCGCACAACAAGCGAUACGUGGUGGCGCAAAGCAUGGUGCAGCAGAGCCGCUUCAACCUCGGACUCCUCAUCCUCUUCAUUCUGUCUAUCUUCGUCGUCAACGCCUUCUUCAUCGUCGUGAUCCUCAUGUCCAAGGCUCUGCGGUCCAGCUCCAAGCACAUCCUCAUCCUCAGUGUAGCUUUCGGAGACCUCAUCCAGGGUCUCCUCAUUCUGCCCCUCAUCACCGACCUUGGAAUGAAAGGAUCAACGGUCACAGAGUGUUCCACGUUUCAUGUGGCGCGGCUCUUCGCUGACUUCCUCAUCCCCUCCAUCACCACCCUGGGUGUGUUGGUCCUGAACAUCGACUACAUCCUCCGCCUGACCUGUAACCUGUACUCGGAGGGCGGCAGCCGAGCCUGCAUCCUGGGCUCGCUCUUUGUAGGUCCCUGGUUGGUGAGCAUCCUCCUCCUUGUCCCUAUCUACAUCGUCAGCCUCCGCAAGAUCUCGCCCUACAACACAGGCAACAUGUGCCAGAUCAUCACCGAGGGCGUCUACGCGCGAACUCUUCUGACGAUGAGUUACAUCUUGUACGGGUGCAUCUUGCUGGUGGUGACGUUGUCGGUAGCUGUGAUGUAUUUGAUCAAGCGAGAGUACUUAGGUCUGGACGUGUGUGGCGAACGAGUUCACGCACCUUUCGACAUCUGCCUGGCCAGCUUUGUCAACAUCCUCUUCUACACUCCCAUCUUCCUCUUCGCUCUGCUGACCACCGAAGGUUACCUGGGCUGCGCCGCUGACUCAGAGUGUCGCACUCUGGAGGGUGUCUACACCUUCGCACUGUGGCUGAUGCUGACCAAGUCCUGGAUCCUGCCCAUGGCCUGGAUCUUCGGCACAGACACGCGCGCUGGGAUCCGGCAGGCCAUUCCCUUCUGCUGAUUGGCUGGCUAGCGUCACGUGGCUAACACCGUGGAAAGUGUUGCAGUUUAAACAGGUCCGAGAUAAAGUGAAAGUCGACUGUAUCUGUUUGGUUUAGGGACGAUUUUCAUUGAUAGACUGGGUUUGGCCAUGGUUCUCAUGGUAACCGAGGGGUACGAAACUGCAGUUAACAGUCCCUGGACGAAAGAUCUAUCAGUGGUGAGGUUAUUUCAAUUUAAAAAAUAUUUUAAAAUUUACCUUAAUUUCAGGAAUUCAAUUUAAAAACUGUUUUUCUAUAUUUUUCAGUCAGUCAAAUCUGAGGUAGACAUUUUACCGAUUGAAAUAUGUGUGGCUUUGAUGAUUUGGUGGCUGUUGGUUGUAAAGGGCUUUUAAAAACUGAGCAAGGAAUAGGUAGUUUCAUGCCAGAACUCAAUUGCAUACUGUACUAUAAAGUGCAUUGCAUGUAACUAACUGUGUAACAAGAAAUGUUUUUUUUUUAACGACAGCCAUUAUUGUUCAGAAGCGAGAAGGCGUUUCUAAAAGUUGUCAAACGUUUGACCAGCUUUGGCAAAGUUAUGUGUCGAGAUCAAGAAAGCCAUAAUGUUAGGAACUUUGGAGCUUUGGUUAAUAUGUCGAGCCAGAUAUGUUUUCCACUAUAUUGCCAAUACAAUGAGACUUUACGACACUCCAGAGGUUUGAAGCUUUGACACUUUGUUCAGUUAAGAACUGCCUUUAGGUCGGAGGAGGCAAAUGUCCGAAAAGUGAGUGAUCAGUGAGCGAUCUGUCCAUCCAGAUAUUCCCGUGGGUGGCGACCCGAGCGACUCUUAAAUAGAAAAAAACCCCAAACAAUUAAAGUAGAGUGUUGGAAGGUGAAUGGUCAAUCUGCAUCCCUUCCAAAUAAACAAAGCAACCGGAAGCUGAGUAGUGUUUGCAGGUAAAGCGAGAAGAGGAUUUUCUGCUUACAUCUUGUGUAUGUGCUGAUGUGGGUACAUGUAUAUGUAUGUAUGUGUGCGUGCGUGUUUGUAAUUGUGUACUUGCACGCAUGUCUGUGUUAGAUAGAGAGGAAGGGAGUGCGCUAUGUAUCCAUGUUGACAUGAAGUGGCCAGUGGUAUUUUUUUGUUAUUUAAAAAUUGUAUUUACAAUUUAUUUUUGUGCUUCUCUUCUCUGCUUUCAAUUGUUAUCUCCAUGUGUCUUCUUAUCGCUAGUGCUUAUAAUGAAUGUAUAUGUAAGUAAUCAAUCGGCAUUGUUGUAUCUUGUCAUCAACUUUGUUAGUGUACAUAUCUUACCGCUGAUAAACAAAUACCCGGCAUUGUUUUAUCGCUUUAUCUUCUCAGAGCCCUGUAUACAAUCUCAAUCUUAAUGCUAUUAAUAGAUUGAUCGUUCAGUCAAAUCGAUCAAUCAAUCACAAUGUGCUGAUUGUACAAGGUAACGAUUGUAUUCUUCAUCGUUGUCUAUUUAUUACCUGUCUUUGUUGACUUAUUUAUUAUUCUGUAUUAUUUGUUAACAAUGUUUGUCAGUUAUUAGGAAAGUACCGGUAUUGAAUGCGGUUAUGUUUUUUACGUUGGAGAUUUUUAACAGUUUUAUAUUGUUGCAAAUUAUAAAAUCUAUAUCAAUAUCUAUAUAUUUGCUGUUAAAUUUUAGCUGUAUUGUGAAAUGUUUGUAUAGUGGAUACCUACUGCUGCUGUAAGAAAAUCAGAAACGCAACAGAAAUUACAGCGCCAUUAGGAAAUUUUAUAACUGUUGGUAUGCUUCUGAAACUGCUUGUAUCUACCCUUCCAAUCCUACCCAUAGCUAACAUCACUCUCUUGGUCGCUGAUACUGCUAACAGAAUUAUUAUUGUUUUCAACUGCUUUUUUUCUGCUGCCUUCUAUGACUACUGUUAUUAUUAAUGACAAUGGCAAUGAUAACUGGAGCGACAGAUGGAGGGUCUGGAGCAGUGUACAUCAGAAAUAAAAUUGCCGUCUUCACGGAAUCAUUGAAGGAGAAAUAUGUCCAACACGAUCUCAACAGGACUGACUGCACUUGCUAAUUGCAAUUCUCAUGACACAAAACAUUUUGCUGUGAUUGCAUCCUACUUCUUGUUACCAAAGAAAUCAUUGUAAUUGCUAGCACCACCAUCCUCGCAAAUACUUUCUACCUGAACCCCAGUGUUGCCAUGGAGAUUAGUAACCACAGGAAGCUGCCUCUGACAUAAUAUAAAGACAUUGCGGUGAAUGACUGUUACAUGUAUGUUACAUAUUUAUAUGUACUAAAGUGAAUAUAAAAAGAUGUUGUGUGGACUGUUCGGAAAAUGUGCAAUAAAAUAAUUACGUGGUGUUUUUUUUUAAUUAUUGUUGCUCGUUUAACACACUGCCAAUCUAAGAUUUUAUAAUUGUACACAAUUAUUAGAUAUUUAAAGUGACGAAGAAAUAGAAAAGUGAGAAAAUAUUACCCAAAUAUAGACCCAUUUAUAUAGCAGUUCGAAUCAUACGUUUACACACAGAGUGGAAAUGUGGUUGUACAUAAUUGUUGCACAUAAACAUGUCUCCUCUUCCACGCGGAAACGAAUGAUUUUGGGCAAUAUGUUUAUAGCUCUUUUGUUUUGCUUUUAUUCUGAUUUACCUAGUCCACUAGGGUUGAAAUCUUAUAUAGCUUAGCUUUGUAGUCGAAAUGAGCCUAAAUAAAUUUGUGUAUUGUUAACAGCA